AUGGUAACGCUGGUUAAGGAAAUUCCAACGCUUUUCGAGAAGUUUGGCGUUGCCCGCAGUGUUUUGGAUAAGAUUUCCAUGUGGCGCGGUGAUAUCACACGACUCGAAAUUGAUGCAAUCGUCAAUGCGGCAAACAACAGACUUGCCGGAGGAGGUGGUGUAGAUGGAGCAAUACAUCGAGCUGCUGGCACAGCCGAUCUCCAGAGAGAAUGUCGAGCCAUUGGUUUUUGUGAUACUGGCAAAGCUGUGAUCACAAGUGCCUGUAAAAUGAGUCAUGUCAAAAAUAUUAUUCACACGGUCGGUCCGCAGUGUUCCGGUAAUGUUGCUUCUGUGAAUGACCGUGAGAAACUCGUCUCGUGCUAUCAUUCGUGCCUGGAUCUGGCGGUUAAGAACAACCUCAAGACCAUAGCAUUUUGUUGCAUCUCGACGGGGGUUUACGGCUAUCCUCAAGAAGAUGCUGCAAAAACAGUGGUCAAUCUUCUAACUAGUUGGUUAUCGAAACCUGAAAAUGCGGCCCAUAUUGUUCGCAUCGUUCUGGUGCUCUUCAAUCCCGUCGAUGUCGCUGCAUAUGAGAAGUUUUUUGAAGAGUACGCUAAGUCUCAAAAAUAUAUAACAGCUAUGCCAGCUAAAAUAGCAUUCAAUCCAUAUGACGUACUUGAAUUAGACCGACAAUGUUCUGAAAAGGACAUUCAGAAAGCGUACAAGCAACAGUGCUUGCGGUGGCAUCCGGACAAGAAUCUCGAUAACAAAGAAGAAGCUGAGAGAAGGUUCAUCGCCGCCAAGGAAGCAUUCCAGUUCUUAUUUGACAAAAGUAAAAGAGAAGAAUACGAUCGAGACUAUGAGCGAAUUAAACAUCGAGAAGCAACAUACAAGGCUAGAAUGGAUAGAGCGGAUAGUGUUAGGAAAAAGCUCAUAGAUGAUCUUCACAAAAGAGAACAAAAUUUUGUCGAACGGUCCAAAACUAGCGAACAUCUUACGCCUGCACAAGCCUAUCAAAAACGAAAAGAAGAGGAAAGACGCAUUCGAUCAGAGUUUGAAGCUUUACGAAAAAAACUUGAGCAGGAGGCAGCUGACGAAGUUCAUGCUCAACAGGAACGCCUUGUUCGACUUGCCCGAGAGCAGGCCGAAGAGAAUAAGAAGGAGGAAGCUGAAGAGAGGCAUCCUACUUUGCAAGUUAAAUGGAAACCUUUUGAAGGCCAGGACUAUGAUGAAGAAAGCCUGAGAUUUCUGUAUGGAGAGUAUGGCAAUAUUUUGACAAUGACACCCAUACGAACUACUAAGAAAGGUGAGCGAUUGUGUAUGGUGGAAUUUGGUCCUGAACUCGUUGAGCUGGGUGCAGAACUGGAACAUGGAAAAGGAGGUCCCGAGAUUUCAGGUAGCUGGAUUAUUUCUCCUCAAGCUCCCAUCGCUGAAGAGAAAAACCCUCCUGCCAGCGAAAAACAUUCAGAUUACUCUUCAAUGACUUAUGAACAGUUGCAAGAACAACUUUUCGCCGAUAUGGGACCACCCUCUGAAAAACGAAAAAAAUGGCAAGAAGAAGAGCAAUGA